AUGAAACUGAUACCAUCAGCUCAACAGAACAAAGAAAAUAUUGAUUCAGAAAGUGAUCCUUCAGAUUUUAUUGCUAUCGAUUAUACUAUUCAUCUUGCUAAUAAUCUGCUUGCAAAAUAG